UGCAGGUACACAUCUGCCAGAUCAGGUUCACAGUGGCCUGGCGUUAAACGCCAUGAACAUCAUCUGUUACGGACUGGUGGCAUCGCUGCUGUAUUCAGAUGGACCGCAUGCAGGAGCUUCAGCCGCCAUCGGCACUUUCAUAAAGCGCUAUGAGGAGCUGGGCUAUGGCAGGGAGCCCGUCCGCAGGCAGCAGGAGCGCCUCAGGAGGGAGGCGCAGCCUGAGGGCCGCACGCUGCAGCUGGACUUCAGGGCCUUUCACAGGGCCUUCCACUUACGGCUAAAACGAGACACGUCGGGGUUUGCGGAAAACUUCGAGAUUCACCUGAAGAAUGGCUCAAGGGCAACAGACCUCUCCCACAUCUAUUCUGGGGAACUGGAAGAUGAAGACGGCUCGUCCUGCCAUGGCUCCAUAAUUGAAGGCCAGUUUGAGGGUGUCAUCCACACGGAAAAUGGAACCUUCCACGUGGAGCCACUUCGUAGAUACUCUGCUGUCCCGUCAGCAUACCACUCUGUCAUUUACCGGGAAGAUGACAUCGAUCUUUCUCCCCUGAGAAGAAGCCGUGAUGGAUUCUGUGGUGCUGAGCAGUUGCGGCGAUUGACCCAAAACCUGCGACAGAGCGGUGAUGCUCAGAUCCAGGGGGAGCCUCUGUCGAGGUCAAGAAGGACGGUGGACCACUCCAAAACCAGCUGUCACCUCCACCUCCAUGCUGACCACCUCUUCUUUAAGAAGUUUGGGAGUGUCCAAGCUGUGGUUGCCCAGAUCGCUUCCUACAUGAGUGCGGUGAACGAUAUCUACAACAAGGCAGACUUUGACGGCAUCCGACUGAUAAACUUCAAAGUGAAAUCCCUUAGCGUCCUCACUGAGGAAGAUGCCUCCAGCGCGAUCUCCCAGCGCUUUAUUGGCCCAGAGAGGCUCCUGAGCCUUUUCUCAGAAAUGACCUGGGGGAACUACUGCCUGUCCUACCUGCUGACUGACCGUGACUAUAGCGGGGUGCUGGGACUGGCCUGGGAGGGGAGGCCGGGAAACGUGGGAGGAAUUUGCUCACAGGCCACGAAAAUGCAAGAUGGCGCGAUGACCACUCUGAACACGGGUCUGAUCACCCUGCAGAAUUAUGGCCGCUACCUCACUCCUUGGCAUGUGCAGCUCACCCUGGCCCAUGAACUGGGCCACAGCCUGGGAGCCCCCCACGACGAGGGCACUAACUGUGGUAGCCUGGGUUCCACUGACGGUAAAGGCAGGUUCCUCAUGUUCCCUCAUGCCACCGACGGCCUCCAGGAGAACAACGAUAAGUUCUCACCCUGCAGCAUCAAGCACAUCAGUAGCCUGCUGAGAGUGAAGAAGGACGAUUGCUUCGUAGAAAGCGAUCAACCGAUCUGUGGAAAUCUGAUAGUGGAGAUGGGGGAGCAGUGCGAUGUGGGCCACAACGAGACCGACCCGUGCUGUUACAGCGCCAGGGAACGCAAGGGCCUGCGCUGUCACCUGAAACCAGGCCGAAUCUGCAGUCCCAGUCAGGGUCUGUGCUGUAGCUCCCUCUGCACCUUUACGCCCUACGGCGUGACCUGCGAGGAGGCGUCAGAGUGUCGCCUGCAGACCCGCUGCUCCGGAGCCGUAGCUGCCUGCCCUGCUGCCACCUCCAGGCCGGACAUGACGCCCUGUGGCUUGGGAACGCGGGUCUGCCUGCAGGGGGAGUGCUCACAGUCGGUGUGUACCAAGCACAGCAUGGAGCAGUGUGACUGUCCCACAGACUCCGUGAGUGAGCGAUGCUACAUGUGCUGCCAGCAGCCCGGUACAGUCCCUCUCGCCUGCUCCACUAUACUCACAUGUGCUGCCAACAGCCCAUGUGGGGAAUCAAAUGAAGACACCACCCAGUACAGCUGGACAGAUCUUCAGUGUGGGGAAUCAAAUGAAGACACCACCCAGUACAGCUGCCAUGUUCUGCUGCACACUGGGCAGCUUUAA